CCUGUAGCAAUACUAUACUAACAUCCCAGGGUGAGGGUAGUGCAUGAUUGUUUGAAAAACAGGUGUCAGGCAUGCGAAAACUUAUAUUGCCAUUUGCCACCUCUCUCUCGCUUCACUCAAAAUCCUUUCUUUAAUGCCUCAAAUCGGUGGGAUUCUACUUUUUUGCGGCCUUUUCAUUCCUUUAUCUAUAAGAUAUUCCUUUGGAUUGCUCAACAAAUCUUCAUUUUCCUGGAGGAUGAAGUUUAAUUAGUAAGAUAAUUUAUCUAGAAGGUGUGUACAUGUAAAUGUGUGAGGAAGCAAUGCAAUAAGUAUUAACAUUAGAUUUGAAUCCUGAGAAAAUGGGCAUCAUCAUGAUCCUUCUGACAAAGCCUUUCUCACUUUGCAAAUCAGUAUUCAUGUGUGGUCUGCAAACCAUGUUUAUUGUGAUUAAUACUUGGGUGGAGUUGGUGAAGACCUCAAUCAAUGUUCAUCUCAAUAUGUUCCGUACGACAAUGAUUUGGAUGAUUGCACUCAUAACUCUUCCUUUGCGAGUUUUGACUGCCUUGCAGAGGGAGAGAAUGCUGCAAGAUCAUUUGCAUGAGAUGCAGAUAGAGUUGGACAAUCUUGCAUGGGACAGAAAGGAACUUCAGCACCAACUCCAUACAUCAAUUAAAGAAUGUAGAAUUUUAGAGUCGAUGCUAGCAGAAGUUGAAGAUGAAAAUGACAAUCUCAUUGCCAAAUUUGAAUUGCUACAGGAUGAGUUGCAGGAUCUGAAAGUUGAAAAUCAGCAAUUGAAGGAAAAUUUUGUUAAAGAUCGGAGCUCUAAAAAGAGUGCUAGCAGAGACAAUGCACAGAAGACCGACAUUGCAGAUACCAUCCAUUAUAGCAUUUCUGAUGGGCGUGGACAAACCUGUUAUAAAGCUACUGGGAUAAUAUUUGAAGACCUAGCGAUGCUUAAAAAUGCGUGGGAAAGUCAGGGCAAGAGUGAAGCAGAAUUGCUGACUUUCUUGAAAACUAAAUGUGCAGCUACGGAAUCAUUUAGCUCAUUUUCACGUUCUGUUAACUCAAGCAGCGUCGACAUUGAUGAGGGUCUCAACGAAAGGAGGGACGCUGCUCUGUCGCAGUCUCUCUUCAGUGCGGUGUUGUCCCUUUUAGUUGGAAUCAUUAUCUGGAAGGCUGCGGACCCUUGUAUGCCUCUUGUCGUAGCACUGUUUGCUGUCGUUGGCAUGUCAUUGAAAAGUGUGGUUCAGUUUUUCUCCACUAUAAAUAACAAACCGGCUUCCGACGCAGUUGCUCUCUUAAGCUUCAACUGGUUCAUGCUCGGUACGCUCACCUAUCCUGCACUCCCUAAGGUAGCACGAAUGUUAACUCCGUUAACAUUUAAUAUUUUCUACUGGAUAGUGAGAUAGAUCAAUGUCUUUCCUUGUUAGCUCAUAGACCAACUUGUUUGUGGGCAGACAGGUAUACUGUACAUGUGACAUUGUAGAAAUUGGUUUUGUUUUUAUAGGCCAAGUUAUUUUGGUUUUGUUUUAUAGGCAAAGUUAUUUUGGCUUGUAGAAUAUUAUUAGGUUUCAGAGUCAUGUAAUUUGGCUGUUAUACAUCCCUGGUCUUUUUAUAAACUAGAACGAGUGAGUGUUUAAAGAGAGUGUAAUUCGCAAUGUGCUCUCUUUGUUUUCA